AGAGCCAUUUUCACUGUUGAGUAAGAGCACGCCGCGUUCAGCGAAGGAGAGGGAAAGAAAGAGUGCGCAUUCUGAAUUCUACCAAGCCAAUUUCACUUGUUCUUCCUCUUUCCUGCUUUGUUGCCCUGCUGGAGGCAGUUUGGGUAAGCAAAGCCUCGGGUGGACACAAUGGGGCAAAGUGCCUUUAGCAACUGGGCCGUUGUGCUGCUGAGAGGGGGAGGGCGUAGAGAGCCGACCGGCACACAGAGCUAACAGAUUCAGCCGGCCUCAGGCCUCUGUGCGCCUCUCUCUCUCUCUCACACACUCGAUUCUCCGGAUAGGGGCUUCUCUGGAACUCAAAACCUCUUUCUUUCAGGACUAUGGUGGACUAACUAUGGAUUAACAUGUAUUUGGCUCAGUGGAUUUUGGACAUAUACAUGAGAACUGGCUAUUUGAGACUGAGAAGGCGCUGUGUUUUGGGAUUGAGUGACUAAUUUUUCUUGCCUUUUUAGUUCACUUUCUGUUUUGGUUUUGCGUUUGUGGUGAGAGGAAAUCCUCAAUGGAUUACAAAAUGCAUUCCAAGUCCAAUGAUUUGCUGGAUUUUCAGACACUGGAUGCCCUUUUGGAAAAAAUUGCACAUUGCUCUGUUCCUCUUAAAAGAGAGCCAAGCGAGGAGUGCAAUGGAAUUAGCGGUGCUCUCCCUGUGGAGCCCGCGCCCGGCUCGAGACUGAACGAGUGGUGUCCUGCCGCACCCCCUCCCGUCCCUCUGCCCGCGCUCCACCCCGCUAGUAUGGGGGACGGCCUGGACGCAGUGCAGAUGUCGGGGAGCAGCAGCAGUCAGGGGCAGCCCUCGUCCCAGGCCUCUUCCUUCUACAAUCCCCCUCCCCCAGAAACCACAGACUUUUCCCACCCCAAGCGCCAGACCAACCAGCUGCAGUUCCUACUAAAACUUGUGCAGAAGACCCUUUGGAAGCACCAGUUCGCCUGGCCUUUCCAUUCUCCUGUUGAUGCCGUUAAGCUGAAUCUGCCUGACUAUUAUAAGAUAAUCAAAAAUCCUAUGGACAUGGGAUCAAUCAAGAAACGUUUAGAGAACAGUUACUACUCAAAUGCCCAAGAAUGCAUUCAAGACUUCAACACCAUGUUUACUAACUGCUACAUCUAUAAUAAGCCUGGGGAUGAUAUAGUCUUAAUGGCAGAAGCACUAGAAAAGGCGUUCCUCCACAAGAUUUCUGAAAUGCCCCAGCAGGAGAUCGUGAUUGCGACCACAAUCACCAAGGGUCGUGGUCGGGGCAAGAGAGAUCCAGACAUGAACCUGAAGGUCGGACCUGGCCUGGAUUCUUCACCCACGGUCUCUCUACCACGUGGCCUUUCCAGUCUUGCCCCUGGGCCCCAGACUAGAACACCCGCACCGGGUCCACCCACUUUACCUCCCCAGCCUGCCAAGCAAGCCUUGCCCCCUCGAGUGCCCCCUUUGCUCCCUCUCCAUGUGCCGCAGUUAGGGCCACCCUUUUCUCUGGGACCCACUGACUGUACCCCGCCGCCCCCCAUCAUGACGGCAGUGCCUCCCCCUGCCCAGACCACCCUGCCGCCCAUGCAAAUGCAGCAGAGCACUGCUCCCAUUCUACAAAACCCUAUACUGAUGGCUCCCAAACAGAGAAAGAGCCAGAAAAGGAAAGCAGACACCACGACACCUACCGCAAAUGACCAGCUGAGCGAGUCAUCGCCUGUUGAGUCAAAGUCAGGAAAGACUCUACCACGCCGGGAUAGUACACGACCAAACAAACUACUCAAAAAGGAGGCACCAGACUCCCAACACCAUUGGACGGUGCCCACUGGGACCCCUAGCCCCAAGCAACAAGAGCAGUUGCGCUAUUGCUCAGGCAUCGUAAAGGACAUGUUUGCUAAGAAGCAUGCGGCGUAUGCUUGGCCUUUCUAUAAGCCAGUGGAUGUGGACACUCUAGGACUGCACGAUUACCAUGAUAUCAUUAAACAUCCCAUGGAUCUCAGCACUAUUAAGGACAAGUUGGAAAACAGACAGUACAGAGAUGCUCAGGAGUUUGCAGCAGAUGUACGGUUAAUGUUCUCCAACUGCUACAAGUACAACCCUCCAGAUCAUGAAGUAGUGGCCAUGGCUCGCAAACUGCAGGACGUAUUUGAGAUGCGUUUUGCUAAAAUGCCUGAUGAGCCAGAGGAAAUGCUGACAUCUGCUCCUGUGCCAGUGCUCAACCCAGCUCCUAUAAAGACACAGCCGCUCUCAUCCUCUGACAGCUCCAGCGACUCCUCAUCUGAAUCUGAAUCCUCCACGGAUGACUCUGAAGAGGAGAGAGCCCAGAGGUUAGCAGAGCUACAGGAGCAGCUGAAAGCGGUGCAUGAGCAGCUGGCUGCCUUGUCCCAGCCUCAGGCCAGCAAACCAAAGAAAGAAAAGAAGGAGAAGAAGAAAGACAAGCACAAAAAGAAAGCUGGAGUCAUGCCUGUACUUGAGGAGAUCCUGGAGCUUAAGGCUCAGGGAAAGCCCAAGAACAAGGAUCCUCUGCCUAAGAAGCCUAAAAAACCCAGUAAGAAGGAGGGAGGUAAGGGCAACCGCUCCAUAGCUCCCCCAAGCAACGCCCCACCCACCCUGCAGCCUGUGGCAGGCCUGGAUACUGAGGAGGAUCUGGGUCUGGCCGGAGGGCCUGCAAUGACAGGCGGCAUGGCUGCUGGGGAGAAGUGUAAGCCCAUGUCCUAUGAAGAGAAGAGACAGCUCAGUCUGGACAUUAACAAGCUGCCUGGUGACAAGCUGGGCCGUGUGGUCCACAUUAUCCAGUCCCGCGAGCCUUCUCUCAAGAACUCUAACCCAGAUGAGAUUGAGAUAGAUUUUGAGACGUUGAAGCCCUCCACGCUGCGGGAGCUGGAGAGAUAUGUGUCGUCCUGUCUCCGCAAAAAGAAGAAGCCUGCAAUUCCAGAGAAGUCCAUGGAGGCAAUGAAUGCUGCAAAGACAAAAGGCUCUUCAUCAGAAUCGGGUAGCAGCAGUCAGUCCAGCUCUUCAGAAAGUGAAGAUUCAGAAACCGGUAUAGCUUCAAAGCUGAAGAAGAGGGUUAGAGGUGAAGGGAAGAAGGCUCAUCACCAGGUGAUGGCUCCAGGCAUGCCUCAGCCGCAGAUUCCCCAUCAGCCUCAGACUGCGGCACUGCAGCCCACCAUUCAGCUAAAACAGCAACAGCAUCCCUCUCCCGCUGCUUACAUUGCUCCUCCCGUCACAGCCCUGGAGCCCUCACAGCUGCUGGAGAACCCCUUUGAUCCUCUGUCCCACUUCGGCCAGCCCCUCAUGCACCUUUCCCACCAUGCCAAUGACUCAUCCUCCCCUGCACCACCGCACCUCAAUGCUCACCCUCCAGGAGGUCCUGUGUCGCCUGACACGCACCCAUUUCUGAACCAGCACCACAUUCUCCCUUCCCCAGCCCUGCACAACGCAAUGCCCCAGCAGCCUUCACGGCCCAGUAACAGGGCAGCCCCGCUACCUCCUAAACCUCCGCAACAGAGCACUCCCCAGCAGCCGCAGCAACCCCAGCAGACCAUGCCACAGCAGAACCAACCACAGCAACCCCCUCCGCCCCCACAUCAUCUACCGCAGGCACCUCAGCCAAUCCGCCAUCGGCCCCUCUCCCCUCCCACACUCACUCCCCAGGGCCUGCUUUCUUCCCAGCCCCCACAGAUGCUGCUGGAGGAUGAUGAGGAGCCCAUUCCCUCCAUGCCCCUGCCCAUGUACCUGCAGCAUUUGCAGCCAAACCGCCUGCAGCAGCAGCAGCAAUCCCAGCAGACGACUUCGUUAAUGCAGUCUCUGCAGAGCAGGCAGCAACAGCCAGGGCAGCCUUCCCUGCUACAAUCAGUGCAGGUUCAGUCUCAUCUGGGCACGCAGAGCUCCUUGCCCCCUGCACAGCUCCCCAUUCAGACUCAGCCAUCAGCAUCACACCAGCCCUCCCUGCAGCUCUCGCAGCAUCAGACCAGACACAUGCAGCACUCGCAGCAGCAAAUUAACUUCUCACAAGGCCCAAUGCAGACCACACAAACGCAGCCCAGCCAACACAAAAUGCCCUCCAUGAAAGCACAGCAGAUCAUCCAGCAGCAGCAGUCAGCGCAUCAUUCUCCACGUCAACACAAGUCUGACUCGUAUAACUCAGCACACCUGCGAGAUAACCCCUCCCCGCUCAUGAUGCAUUCCCCUCAGAUCUCACAGUAUGGUUUAGUCCACCAGUCCCCGACUCAGGUCAAAAAGGAACCACAGCGAGGUCCUUCAGCUCUGGGUGGCAUUAAAGAAGAGAAGCUUCCCCCAUCACCUGUGAUGCGCGGUGAGCCCUUCAGUCCAGUAAUGAGACAAGAGACUCAUAAACACCCUGACAGCAAACCCACAAUGCCAGGCCAUAGCCAACAGAGAGCAGAUAUGAAGCCACUUGAAAGUUCCCGUCCUGUCAUCCGCUCCUCUGAGCAUAGCGGUCCAUCUCCUUCCAUGCAGGACAAAGACAAAUUCAAACAGGAGCCCAAGACACCCGUGGCUCCUAAAAAGGACGUGAAACUAAAGAAUAUGGGUUCCUGGGCAAGCCUGGCUCAGAAAUCCACCUCCACUCCCUCGUCUGCUCUGAAGUCAUCCAGUGAUAGCUUUGAGCAGUUCCGGCGUGCGGCCCGGGAGAAGGAAGAGCGAGAGAAGGCCUUGAAGGCUCAGGCUGAGCAAGCUGAAAAAGAUCGUCUGCGCAGAGAACAAGAGAAACUUCGGGGACGAGAUGAAGAGGACUCCAUCGAGACUGUGAGAAGGCCUCAGGAGGAGCCUCGCAGGCGGCCUGAGCCACAGCAAGUCCAGGCCCCUCAGCAGCAGCACCCAGUUCAGUCCCAAGCCCAGAACCCGGCCCAACCACCCUCUGUCCCGCAGCCUUCCCAAGCCCCGCCCCAAUCCCCUGCUUCACAGAGUGCACUUGACCAGCAGAGGGAGCUCGCACGUCGCCGGGAGCAGGAGAGGAGGAGGAGAGAGGCGAUGGCAGCUACUAUUGACAUGAAUUUCCAAAGUGAUUUGAUGGCUAUCUUUGAGGAGAACUUGUUCUGAAAUGCAAGAGGAAGCGAUAAAACUGCAAAACGGAUCAUGGAUUCCUCUACUUGGACAGAAUGGACUCGUACAGCAGGAAGGGAAAAGACCUCAUCUGACCACAAGAAACACUGAAGAGGCUGAUGGAUAAGCUGAGGUCCUGAGAGGGAGGCUGUAGCUCUCCUUUUUGCCUUAGCAGAAAGAGGGACCCUCACACUGGGACGCACGCCAUCGCCUCUCCAGCAUUCCUCCUGGAUUUGGCAUUGUGACCAUGGCGGCAAAGAGAGCACUUGUGUGACUCUAAUUCAGAAUAUGGGAGCAAUGAACAAUGUUAUCAAUGGAGGAAUAUGUGACUUAAAUGUACUGAUUAUUUGUAGUACGGCAUCCAUCGAUUGCCAGAUGUCUGUGGGGGUUUAGAAGACGUCUUUGUUUUCUGUUUUAAUUAAUUUCCCUCCCAUCGUAUUGUUUUUGCCAUAUCCUUUCCCCCUUUUUCUCGAAAACACGCGGGCAAAUGGCAGGGUGGGAUUUAGGGGCACUUAAAGAACUUCCUCAUGAGAGGAAGUACAGCUUGCCUUACACCUCUGACUUGUAAACACAAUGAAAACAAACUAUUCACCAGGGGCUGUGACUGAAUGACUAAACAUGGUGUGUUUCACAUUAUUAUCAUCAUGUGCAGAUUUUUCAUUAUGUAGGAUCUACUGUAAAAAGGUAUUUUCUUAAUUACUGUUUUGGUUGGUUGAUUGGUUGGUUGGUUGUAUUUCUUGUUUACUUUUUCUUUUUUUAAAGUAUUUUUAACUCUCUUACCAACACCUUACCCCCUCUGAUGUCUAUGUCAAACACCCAUAUCCUUUUACGCUGAUAGCCGAGAACCUGAAACGCUUCACUUACCAUGUCUUUCUUAAUAUAUAAAUAUAUUUUCUUGUUCUCCCCACUCGUCAUUGAAAAGUUUAGGUAGCCUUGUAGAAAAUAAACCCUAAUAUAUGCAUUAUUCUGACAAGUGUUAAUUGAGGACAGAAACCAUCGAGAGAGACUUUCAUCAUUGUUUUCAAGUCAACCUGGUGAAGAAUCUUCCAAUAGACCGGAGUGUUGGUCUAAAAGAGGUGGUUUCUGAGUAUCGUUUAGGUUAAAUAUAAUUUAAAGAAUAGUCACUAUUUUAAGUGUAUUAUACAUAUAGAAGGAUAACUUGCAACUGGUACAUGUUCACGCUGUUGCAUUCUACAAUACGUCAUGUAAACACCAGGCAAAUCUGACUAUUCGCAGCACUGCAGAGAAGAGGCAGAGUGGAGCUCUCAGCUGGUCACUGCAUGACUUUUUAGUUUUUUUUCCACAAAUCAUUUUAUUACAACUGCACAGAGAGAACUCUGUAUGCUGUACUAGAUAUAAUGGCAAAAAUUUUGAAACUGAAAAAAAAAUCAAACAGUUCUGAUUUAUCAUUGUUCUUGUUCGAUUCUAGUGGAUGUGUUCUAAUUCUGUUAUUUGACUCCGUAAGGGGGGCGGGGGGCACAAUUUGAGACCUUGGCAGGUCCUUUGAGUUUUCUCUUAUAGUGUUUUCUCCAGUGCCUGUAUUGUAUUGCGAUUCUAGUUGGCAUAUAUUAUGUUCUGGGAGGGCGAGGGAAGGGGGCACGAUUUGCUGAAAGAUCCGGGAGGGAAAAUUGGGGAUUUAGGGGAGGGCUUGUGUUUAAAGACAAAAAGGAAAGUAAACAUUUUAUAUUUUACCCAUUUACGAUAUUCAGGUUUAAAUCUAGUUUUAGCUGGACUUCCUAAUUAUACGCCGAACAACUGUUUUCGUUUUCUCACAACGGCGAAGAGGACCCGUCCAAACAGCCACAUGAACAUCAUCGACGUGCGAGUUUGGAUGUGUAUGUCGUGUCAGUAUGUGACGGGGGGAUGCUCUUACCUGGAGGUUUCAAAGACGACAACACUUCAUUUAAACAAUAUACUUUGCAAACUUUUUCUUUUCAUGAAGUCCACUUAUAUAAAUAUCUCAUUUUUAUUCCUUUGGUUAAUUUGGUCUGUAAAAGUUCAAAGAAGAGAAACACUUCAUUCCUUCAAGCCUUUAAAUGUAUUUUCUUUUCCAUGGUAAAACAGUUGGACAUUAUGUGCCAUAGAUUCGGAUUCUCCGGAGAAUGUGCUGACCUGCAGCUCAGCAGAGAGUUUGCUUUUAUUCAGGUAUUAUCUUUUUUCGUUUAACAUUUUCCUCGAUUAGUGCGUGGGCAAUCGAGGUCAAUGAUUAAAUCUGUUAUGAUCAUGAAAUAAACUCAUCUCUUUUAUAGAAAAUUAAAAGGAAACAAAAAAUGACCCCGUCUCUUUUAUAAUUCAUCAGUUCUGUUGUUUGAUCUGGCAUUGUUACUACAUAUCAGUUUUAAAUUGUUGUUGACCUGCAUUAUGUAAUCUUAAAGCAAAGGCUGUAUCAAAUUAAGGAAUACUUCAGUCAUAUUUCAACCUAAAAUGAAAGAUGUAAAUUAUUAAAAAAAUAUAU